AUGUCAUGUCUACUUUUCAGAUAUGUGUUGUAUGUUAUGAAACAGGUUAACCAGCUCCUGAGCUAUGAUAUUAAGCCAAUCCUAGUCUUCGAUGGAUGUCAUCUUCCAUCAAAAGCCAUAACUGAGAAAAAAAGAAGAGAGAACCGUGAAAAAAAUCGCAAGAAGGCUAAGGAACUCUUACGUGAAGGGAAGGCAAAAGAAGCACGAGAAUGUUUCCAGAGAUGUGUUGACAUCACAUCAGAAAUGGCAGCUGAUACCAUCAGGGCUUGCCGUGCUAGAAAUAUAGAUGUUAUAGUGGCCCCAUAUGAAGCAGACUCACAGCUGGCUUACCUGAAUUUGAGUGGCGUUGCUCAACUUAUUAUAACAGAAGAUUCUGAUCUGAUCCUCUUCGGCUGCAAGAAAAUUCUGUUCAAGAUGGACAAUAAUGGAGGAGGUAUCUUGGUGGAGCAAGAACAGCUGCACAUAUCCAUGAAUAUGCCACGAGACAAGUUCACCUUUGACAAAUUUGUCAACAUGUGCAUCCUCUCAGGUUGUGACUAUCUCCCCUCGUUGCAUGGUAUUGGACUUGCCAAGGCUUGCAAGUUCUUCACUAUUACCACAAAUCCAGAUAUUCAUAAUGUUUUAUGCAAACUACCAUCUUACCUGAAAAUGCCUCACCUAGAAGUGACCAAAGAAUAUCGAGAUGGAUUCAUGCAAGCCAAAAAUACAUUCCUCUAUCAGCUGGUGUUUGACCCACUGGAGCGUAUCCUUCGUCCCCUUCAGGAGUAUCCCGAGGGCAAAGGACCUGAAGAUUAUCCUUAUGCGGGCAAGUUUGUAGGUCACGAGAGAGCUCUGCAAAUAGCAUUGGGGAAUGUGAAUGUUCAGACAGGAGAGAAAGUGGAUGACUUCUGUCCUGAGACAUAUGUUCCCCCAGAGCCAAAGUCAUCAGGAUGGGACAAGCGUGGGGACAUUUGUACUGCCCAUCGUAGCAUAUGGAGUAGAGACUUCACCCCAUCCAAGGCUCUACCUCCAGUCCCAAGCAUCUUGGGCUCAGAGAAGCAGAGUACUCUUGGAAAGGAAUUAUUAGUAUCUUCUACGCCAGUCCUUAAGAGAAAGUUUAAACCAGAACCGGUACCAGAUGAUGAUGGUUUUCCCACUGAAGAUGAACUGCAAGAUCUAUAUGCUCUGCCUGCUAAACGUUUGAAGGAAGAAGCACCAGUUGACAGUAACAGUGCUGAUGAAGACAUGGAUGGUAAAACAGCCUUGGAUCAUUUAUCUGAAGGACUUGAUUUUGAGGAAGAAAAAGAAAAAGUAUCCAUUAAAGAGGAAGUAGGAGAUUUGUCACCAGAACUGAAAACUGUAAGCCCUUCAGCUAAGAGCAGUAGGUCCAAAAAUCCAUUUGCUAAGGCAAAGUCUCCUGUUAAACCUGCUGGGCAAUUCAGUGCGUUAAAGAGAUUUAGCAAAAUAAGGAAAUCAUUGGAGAAUUCAAACACUAUUGUGCAGAGCAGGUACUUUGCCAAGGCAGUGCCAAGUGCCACAAGUAAUGAAGAUGAAAAGAAAAGUGAGGAAAAAGAAAAGCCUGAACCCCAAGCAACAGAUGAGGAAGUAAGAGAGGAUCAGAAAGUUAAAUUAGAAAGUGAAUUACAUGUUAAAAUUGAAGAUGAACAGAAAGACAAAAUACCCAGUGAAUCUCAAGUUAAAGCUCCUUUGUCUCCUGUCAUGAACAAUAUUCAGAAAAAUAACAAAAACAGCACAUUCAGGUGGGGGAAACUGACAGAUAAGUUUGGAUUUAAAGACAAAGUCAAGAUAGAGAGCAGCCCGUCAACAAAGUACACUUUCAAGGCCGUCGCUAAAAUACCAAGCACAAGAGAAACUGAUGAGAGUAAGGAAAAUGUCCUCAGUCUGUCCCAGAAUUCAGAUUCUAGGGAACUGCCACUUUCUCAGAGCAGUUUAAUGUCUGAAGUCUCAACAGUCAGUGAUGUAGGCUCAAUAGAUAAUGAAUCAUUUGGCCUAACACCUACUCCAGAAAUAUCAACCAUGAGUGAUAAGGAUUCAGAAGUUGCAAGUCCUUCCUCAGUAACCAGUACAAUGCCCAGUCAAAAGACACUUCUGUCCAACAAAAGUGCACAGAAUAAAGGAAGAGCAGUUGGUCUAUCCCGUCCCAGUGGUGCAAACAAGAAAAAUACAGAUAAGAAACAGUUAAGCUUGAAGGAUAUGUUUGGCUUUAAAAAGGAUGCUCCCAAGCUUCACUGAGCAAAACCUUGAAGCUACAGCAGCAGUGACAAGAAAUAUGGAAGACAUUGAUGUUGAACUCCUUUCACCAUCCCCAAGAUUUUAAUAGGAAGUAGAGAUUUGUUAAUAACAGGUAAUCAUUGUUAUAUCACAGCACAUUUUAUAUUUUGUUUAUACAGUAUUUAAUACAUUCCAACAUUGUUGAAGAAAGUUCACAUUUACAAACAUUUAAUUCAGGGAUGACAGUCUUGCUUACAGUACAAAUGAAUAUUGACAAUUGUGAAACAUUGUCAGAAACAGUUGAACAAAUAUCUUAUUUUUAUUUUGUAUGUUUGUGGAAGUUCAAAAAUGAUACAGUGGUACCUGUCAGUCCUAGAAUUAUUUAUAAAAUGCACCUCUCUCUUGUAUUGUAAAAUUUUAA